AUGGCGCCACCGGCCGUUGUUAGCACGUCGAAGCCCGGCGCAAUCAACUCGGCUGGGGAGCAGAAGAUGGCGCAGGCAACCUCGGUCAUAAUCCCUCUUCUCGAACUAGGCGCACUGGGUUACGAGACCUAUGUGUUGACGUACCUGAUAUGCGUCCAGUACCUCAUCAGCCCCCCAGAUAGUCUUCAAAGAGACUACGCCCUCCAGCCGCGACGUUCCACCGGUAUCGCCCUCAUCGUCGUUUACGCCAUCCUCCUCUUCUUCCUGCUCGUCGCAUGGCUGCGCCUCCUACAGAUGAUAUGGUCCAAGCCGGAUUUAGUUCCGCUGGGAGAUAAGAGGCAAGAGAAGGAGGGAGCUAGUACAAAGGGCUUCGCAUUUGACCAGUACGAUGCAUACCUGUGCGACUACCAGGGGGUGCCCAACUGGUGUGGGAGGUGCCACAACUGGAAGCCAGACCGGACACACCACUGCAAAGAGCUGGGGCGCUGUGUUAGAAAGAUGGAUCACUACUGCCCGUGGGCGGGAGGCAUCAUAGCCGAGUCAACUCAUAAGUAUUUUAUGCAGUUCGUCUUCUAUGCGGCCUUGUAUACAACCUUUACUUGGAUCGUGAUAGCCAUCUUCUUUGCAGAGCGCAGCAACAAGAUGGGCUCAAAACCUGGCACCUGGAUUGGCGCCCUCGUAACCGCCGUCCUGUUUUGUAUCUUCACAUUCACCAUGACCUGUAUGACGGGCUGGAAUCUAAUGAUCAACUACACCUCGGUCGAAGGCAUUCAACGCGGCGGCAUCCACAACAUCGCCUUCCUCAUCUCUGACUCACCACAAGACUCCACACCUACGUCGUCGACCAGGCACAAAUCGGACGCCCAAGCCGAAGAGGACUGGCCUAUCCUCACCACCGUCACUCGCCCAUCUGGCCGCUCAUAUGUCGUCAUGCAAACCAGAACCAUGGAGCACCCGUGGUAUACAACACUCAUGAAAGGCUGGAAGGACACCAUGGGUAACAACAUCAUCGACUGGUUUCUCCCCUUCCGGCAAAGCCCCUGUAAGCAGCGAAGCCACCAGGGAGAGUUCGAAUGGGGGGAGGUUGUCUACGACAUGGCGCGCAUGUAUGAGAAGAAGACUGGGGUGAGGCUUGCACUGCUUGAGGGGAGUCAAAGAUGAUAUUCAUUACAUAAUUAUUCCUGCAUUUCCAUUUUGAAGGUAGUCGUCGGGAAGGGCGUUUUUGGGACUUUAUCUUGGAUGUGAUACCCGUGCAUAUUGUACUGUAAUUAAUCGUCUGGAGGAUGAUCAAGUUGAAUACUGGGAGAAGGGAAAAGUAUACGUAUAGUUAGUGCGCACUCGCUAUAAAUUGAUGCGCGUUGCCUGAUUUUCA